UCAUUUGAAACAUUGUCCUUGCUCAUUUUCUAAGUUUACUGCAAUCUCUAUACAGGGAGCAGGAGAGAUUGCCAACAGGAAAGCAGGUAGAGAGCUUAGCUCAUUCCAACGUCAACAAUUGGCACCACCAGAAGAUAAAUGUGUUGGCAUGGAUUAGAGUGGACGAAAACUUCUUGGCAGCUUCAAACCAGUAACCCAAGAUAAGCCUGAAAUAAAAAUCACCACAUUCCUAGAAGUAAUCCUGGAUUGAUUAGCCUGAGUCACAGAACCUGAUUUGGAGCCCUUAGAUGCUAUUGUAUUCAUUCACCUCAGUCUACCUGCACCCAGCUUCUGUGUUAAUGCUGAUUCCUGAAUAAUUGAACGUCCUCUUUCCCAGGAAGGCAAACAAUGCAGAAGGAAUUAAAUACGAUGAAAAAUGAGGAUAUAUGUUUUAAUGUGGACAAAACACACACAUCACCCUGCCUGCAGUCAAUGGACCCCGAUGUAAAGUCUCACAGAACUGCACCACUAAGUGAAGAAUUCAGGGCACAGCUUGCACAGUUCCAGUACAGUCCUUCACUUGGAGAUAUAGAACCCUUUCAUGGAUCCUUAGAAGGAGGGUCCCGAAAACGCAAAAGCAUGCCCACAAAAAUGCCUCAUGCUAUCUGCACAGGCGAUCCCACAUCACCAUCACACAGCUCUGAAGACAACAACAUAUGCUCUCCAAGUUUUCCUUUGAUGUAUCAACAACCCACACAGCCCAAGUACAGCUCCCAAAUGAUUGAUCUGUGUAACAUUGGUUUUCAGUUCUACAGAAGUCUGGAGCACUUUGGAGCCAAGCCCAUUAAACAAGAACAAGUAAAGCCCAACAUGAUGUGGCCCAACACUCCUGCAUUUGUGCAGACUCCUUACUCCUAUUACCCGAAAGUUCACCCUGGCCUGAUGUUUCCUUUUAUUAUACCCCCAAACUUUCAUUUCAGGAAUUCCUUCCAACUGAAAAGACCCUUGGAGCCAGCAUUCAGGAGGACUGAGCUGAGCGAAAGUGGUGACAAUAAACAUAAGGUGGAAAGAGUAGAUGUCAACCUCCAGAUUGAUGACAGCUAUUAUGUCGAUGUAGGGGGAGAACAAAAACGAUGGCAAUGCCCAAUGUGUGAAAAGUCCUACACUUCCAAGUACAAUCUGGUCACCCACAUCUUGGGACACAGUGGCAUCAAACCUCAUGCUUGCACUCGGUGUGGGAAACUUUUCAAGCAGCUGAGUCACUUACACACUCAUAUGUUGACACACCAGGGCACUCGACCACAUAAGUGCCAGGUGUGUCACAAGGCUUUCACCCAAACCAGUCAUCUGAAGAGACAUAUGAUGCAACACAGUGACAUCAAACCCUACAACUGUAGGAUUUGUGGCAGAGGUUUUGCCUAUCCAAGUGAGCUGAAAGCCCACGAGACUAAGCAUGAGAGUGGCAGAGAGAAUAUUUGUGUGGAGUGUGGUCUUGACUUUCCAACCCUGGCCCAGCUGAAGAGACACUUAACAACCCAUCGAGGUCCUAUACAAUACAAUUGCACAGAAUGUGAUAAAACUUUCCAGUACCCAAGCCAGCUGCAAAACCACAUGAUGAAGCACAAAGAUAUCCGUCCAUACAUAUGUACUGAAUGUGGCAUGGAGUUUGUUCAGCCCCACCAUCUCAAGCAACACUCCUUAACCCACAAGGGUGUAAAAGAGCAUAAAUGUAGGAUCUGUGGCCGGGAGUUCACUCUGCUAGCCAACAUGAAGAGACAUGUGUUGAUCCACACCAAUAUCAGAGCCUACCAGUGUCACCUGUGCUUCAAGAGCUUUGUGCAGAAACAGACUCUGAAGGCACAUAUGAUUGUCCACUCUGAUGUCAAGCCCUUUAAAUGCAAGCUGUGCGGAAAGGAAUUUAACAGAAUGCACAAUUUAAUGGGACACAUGCACUUGCAUUCCGACAGCAAACCAUUCAAGUGUCUCUAUUGUCCCAGUAAAUUCACCUUGAAGGGAAACCUCACCAGACACAUGAAAGUCAAACACGGGGUCAUGGAAAGAGGAUUUCAUUCUCAAGGUUUUGGAAGAGGAAGAAUUACACUGUCCCAAACAGGUGUCUUGAGAAACUUGGAACAGGAAGAGCCUUUUGACCUUUCCCAGAAAAGCCAAGGAAAAGGAAUUUCAUUUCAUUCUGAUGGUGAGAGUGCCAAGGGAAGCUCAGGUCAGGAGGAAGAGGAAGACAACUGCUAUGAAGCAGAGCAGUACAGUCCUGUCAUGUACCAUCAUGAAAACAACAAGCUGUAUAUGCCCCGAAAUCUGUCUAGCAAAUCAGACUACGUGGUGAAAGAUUUCAAAGAGUCCUACUGUGAUGAGAAGGAGGAAAUGUUGAGAGAAGGAGGACUGGAGAAGGAGAAAGGAAAUCAAGACAAAGAGAGCCAAGAGGAGAGAGACUUUGCAAAUAACAAGGAAUGCCUGAACUUUAGACCCUUUGAACAGGCCAGACUCAGCCAUUCUCUCUCUGAUUACCUAUACUUCAAACACAGGAAGAACAGUUUAAAAGAAUUACUGGAAAGGAAAAUGGAAAAACAAGCAAUGCUUAUAGGCAUCUAAAUUGACAACUUUUAAGUUACACUUGGAAACUGAGAACCAGGCAACUCAUUCAUGGUUGUUAAAAUGAAUAGUUAUUGCAAAAAAUUGGCAGCUUGUAAACGUUUUUCAGGAUGAACGAGCCAAAUGAAUACAGAUAAUUUUAAGAUAAAAAUAUAGAAUAUUUCAUUUCCUGGUGUAAUUUGACUGCUUUAUUCUUCUCUGAUAGACAUCAUUUUCAUAUAUAUUCAUUUCAUAUAUAGGCAGACAAUAGAAUGGGUAAAGAGGUUUUAUUUCCUUUAUUUAGGACAAUACCUACAUAUUCACAAUUUCUAGUUAUCAAAAAGCAGUGUACUGUAGUGUUUGAGGUAUAAGUUGACUAAAGAAUAUAUAAGAACACUUAUUUCUGCAGGUUUCAAGAAGAUGCUAAAUGUUUUCCAGCAUAUGCAGAAAUAUUGUUAGAUAUGCAUGCAUGAGAAUACCGUCAUUGAUAGCAGAAUUAACACAACCAAGAGGUUUUGAGUUUUGCAAAUGACUGCUUUACUGCAUCUGUUUACAGUGGGAAAUAGGAAACCAAAUAAGAUGAAACUCUAAUGUUUUGUCAGAUAAGCAACAACUUUAUAAUUUACACUCUUGUGAAAGGACUAGAAUUGGGCCUUUUCUUCUAUGACAAUAGAAUAUAGUAAUGCUCGCCUCUAUCUCUAUCAGCAUGGUAGCAUUUAACAAUUAUUGAAAGUAAAUAGCAUGAACUGAACAGACAUUUUAUUUUGUUGUUUGUUCAGGCCAAUACAUUUGAGGAACAGCAGCACAUUGUAUUUGCAAGUUUUGCUAUAAUUCCACAUAAUUAUCUCAUUCUUAUUGCUUAAUUUAGAUAAGCACAAGGGUAAAAUUUCCCAUUCAGCUCUCCAUUUUAUCUUGGAGCGCACUGCUAUUUUGAAAGCCAAUCUCUUACCAGCUUUUGUUUUAAAAGAGACAUCAAAACAAAACACCCCCACAAAGGCAUUAGGGUCUUCUUGUACUUCAUUUUCUGUUACUUAUUUGACAAGGCUGCAUCCUAUUGGUCAGUUAUGUGAAUGGGAGAAAGUUUGUUUGUCAAAUCAAAGAAAAUUUAGAGUUCUGCUCCUACUAUUCUUAAUGAUUCAGUCCCAGAUUUUCAUUCUCUGACUCAUGUCCUAUCCUAUUGUAUCGGGUCCUGGACAGGGAACAUAUUAUUUUUAAGCAGGAUUAGUAAGUACUGUAUUCGUGUAAUAUAUGUGGAGUAGUUUGAUAGAACACCCUACGUCUUUUAUUCUGGUAACUAGUAAGAGUCUUACUCAGAACACAUUCCUUUAAAAGUGGACUUUUUUUUUGAUCGGUGCCCUCAUUUCUAUAACUUUGAGAGAUAUAGCAGAGUCCAAAGCCAUAUUGUCACUUGACAAGGAAAUAACAAAGCUUUAAUUCCUUCUUAAUUAUAUGUCCUUUUGAGAUUCAAAAUAAAUCCAAUAAUUGAAUAUGUUUAGAUUUACAUAUUAAGACAUAUUUUAAAAAAUAUAUAAAAAUGAUUUUCCUCUGUAUUUAUCCGUCAAGCAUUCAAUUUAAGAUUCUGUUUUACCACUGAAAUAUGAGAUGUCUACAGCACAUGAAUUUGUUAUGAGACACAAAUAUUAUAGCACAUAUAUGUUCAUGGGUCAUUAGGAACCCAGGCUGAUUACUUCUGCUUCAAAAUCUGAGUCCUCUAUCACUAAAGGAAACACUCUUGGCUCAUGGAAGUAGUUCUCACAUUCUUUCUGUUGGCCAGUCACUACAGGGAAAUACCACUCAAAUAUGGUUGUGCAGCAUACUAGAUUUGUACAGUUUAAAUCUAUAGUGAAAGAUAUGCUGUCAUUUCUGACUACCUUCCAAGGCCUAGAAAUGGGAUACAAUAUAACACAAAGAUCCUGAAUGAGGAGCACAUAAAUAUUACUUUUCCAGGAUACUUAAAAAUGAAAGAUCCAUUUCCACAGUCUAAUUAACUUUCUUUCUGACUUGAAUAAUUUUAAUAAUAAAAGCCAGGGCAUACCAAAUUUGUGUGGAAUGCAGGCAACUUUGGGACUAAAGUGAAUGAUGCCCCCCCCCCCCCCAAUAAGGUACAUUUGAAAAAAAAUAAGAAUGGCCAUAGUGAGUCAGAUCAAAGGUCCAGAUAGCCCGGGGUGAGCAAAAGGGCUUCCAUGGACCAAAUUUGGCCUGCUAACUGAGUUGAUCUGGCCCGUGGAGACCCUACUGCUCCCUUGCCCUGAUUGGCCUGGGGGGGAGGAGGUGCAACAUCUCCCCCCACCCUGUAAGGGGUAUAGCGCUUCUAAGCACCAUAUGCUCCUUGCAGGACAAGGAGCAGGGAGAGAGGAAACUUUGCAUGCUCCCCCCGCCCCCAGGCCAGUCAGGGGGCAGGGAGUGAGAGACAUCAUGUGCUCCCCCUCCCCAGGCCCUAAUUAGCCUAGGGGUAGCAGGUGGGAGCCUGCAAAGUCUCUUCCCACCACUAGGGGCACAGGUACCAAGAAUCAACUGUCAGCUGUUCAGAACAGCUGGCAGUUCCUUGUGAGGGAGGGAAGACUUUGUGUGCUCUCCCACCCCCAA